GCAUUGAUUAACCGCGAAGAACUUUCAAUAAAAGUUGAAUUCCUUCUCUGACAGUCCCUGCACAAGUUAUAAAUUCUCUUGGGAGACUUACUUUGCUCUGUUCUCGAGAUAUUCUCGCAUUGAUUGCCACCCGUAUCUACCCUCUUAUGUGAUGUCAGCUGGUGCCGUUGGCAUUCACAUUCAGCUCACCACACGAAAGGAAAUUGAGUCUGCUCACUGCUGCGACCGUAUCGACGAGGCUUCUAGGCGGAAUCCAGUUAAUGUUGACUAUAUUUUCCACGCAUUUCAGACAUACUGCUGCUUUGUAAAUAUACUGUAUCAGUCUUAUUUAAAAACCAUACAGCACCACGAUAUAUCCCGUUGACUUCGGACUUUCUGUGAAAGAGUUAAGUUGGUACUCUAAAUUCAUCACGCGUGAUGAUUGCACCUGACUCCGAUCUCUCGCCCUCAGGUUGGAAUAUUACUGGUUUUCACCAGCUAGUUCUUCAACAGAGUAUUACAAUGUUAGCUUACGUGGAUCAGUCGAGAGAGAACAGGACAGAGACGCCACAGGUUGCUCAAAACAAGCAUUUUGACAAGAAUUUCAUUGUAUUUGUCGGAGCCACCGCAGGAGCUCUAGGACUUUUUGGCAUCCUUGCUGCGGCAAUCGUUCUAUGGAAUUGCUGUUACCGUUACCGUAUAACUCUUACGCAGAAAUACAAUUUAACUGAAGAAACAGACCCGACAUGUAUGAGAGAAAGUGGUUCACGAAUAGUUCAGAGUGAAUCUGUGGUGUUUAUAGAAGGCAGUUCCAGUAAAAAGUAUGAGACGCACGUGAUUGAAAGUGAUGAACUGUUUAAUCUGUCUUCACCUGAAGAUCCAGUGAAAGGAAGACUAGAAAGUGACAUGCUUCAUUCUGUAAAACAACGUCCGCACAGCCAGCCUAUACAGCUGUCUCCAGUCCAUUUUAGCCGGCUGCAGAUCUAUCCUCACAACACUGCAACAUCUUCAACAUGCGGAAGUACCAGUCACGUUGUCCUUUCCUAUGCACAUGACAUCAACAUCCAUGGUAAAAAAUAUCUACCACAUUUUGGAGAAUGCACCUCUUAUGAAGUUCUGAACAACCCUAAGUACUUUAACAAGUUAUCUGUAGUGAAUCAAGGAACAGCUACUAAAACUAGAAGCCUUCCUUUAUGGGGACGUUCCCACCCAAGGCCACUGUCCAGCGAGGAUGACCACAGUGAACUGUUUGCUGAAGUGAUCUUUAGCAAGAAGAGAAAAAAUCGGAUGAGAAACGACAGUGCUGCCGCCAUUGCCCUGAACAGAAGUAUGACUUCUUUUCCACAGCUGAAACAGAAAGACACGUCACCUUUAGUGGACAAUGAAACUUUUGUUGUGUACAACGAGCGGACGGAGCUGUGAACUGUUGAGCAAGAAUUUCUCAUUAGACAUUUUAAUUCUUCAUAUUUAGUUUUGGUUUCUUUUUUAUGAUCAAGUGCUGACCAAAAGUUCUCCAUCUCCUUGGAUAUUUAAGUUGUUGCACUGUGUCUUAAACAAAAAUAUUAAUUUAAUUUCAACGAUUAUCCCUAUGAAAUACCGAGUUAUAAUAGUGAGUGUUAUUUGAUCAUAUAGUGAGAGUUACAGAGAGUACAUAUCAUUUAUCGGUUUAAGUAUAAUGCUGGAUAUUCUUAAAUUUAUAAAUCAUAUAAAUUAAAACGUAUAUUUAUUGAUAUUUAUACAUAUCCAAAUUAUGUUACAAUUGCAAGAAAAACAAAUUCAAACAACAUGCUUUGGAAAUUGUACAGAGUCAUUGUAGUGAUUGAAACUUUUGUGAACACCUUCAUCGUAUUGAAGCUGUCAAAGAAAACCGCUCAAAUUAUUUAGCGUGAGAGGGAUUAAAGAUUCCACCGUUAUUCAAAGUUUAUUUUGUGAUAACGUAUACAAAAUCGGGUAUACUUUAAAAUUAAAUAAAAAGACACGGGGAGCGUCGAAGGUAAUGUUCCUUAAUAUGAAUAUUGCGGGUAUUGAGAAUAAUGGUUGAAUAUCAGUGUUUUGAUACGUUUACAUUUUGAGACCAUUAGUUGUUUAAUACCCUGAAUUACUUAUAAAACUAAACAUAAAUUUGAAAUGGGUGUCAAUAAUUUAACUCCUGUUAACUUUUAAAUAUUUUUAAUUCUCCGGUUCAAAAAAUAUUCGGAAGUCUAAUUUUUUAAAAUAUUAUUUACGUUUUAUGUGUUCUUUAUUACUUACUUUUUACCACCGCCUUUUCGUCUAAGCUUAAAUUGUAACUUGCAACAUUAGAUGUCUUACAGAGGCUAAAUACGUUAUAUUAGAACUAUUUUCUGCUCUCGUUACAGUCCAUGUUGCAACGUCCAGUUAUGCUCUAUCUGACAACCGUGCAGCUUAACAAUAGCCUUGCAGCGUAGUUUCCAUUGUAAAAGGCUCUUUCGUAAGGAUGUCAUGUCUAAAGUACACCUUUCCCCCUGCAUGAUAUCCAUAAACCAUCUAGUGUACGAGGAGACGGUUGCCAGCGUUUGUUUCAACAGUCCGAUCGCACAGAAAUCCACAGGCGCUGAGUCCAAUGACUUGAUCCAUAUUUUUUUGUAUGGAAUAAUAUGAAUUCCUUGUUUCAUUCCCCAACCACUUGAGGUAUGUGAUGGUUGAACAAAUAUGUCGUGGAAGCAGUUUGUUUAUACGUGAUUUGUGUCGCUUUUCUAAACGGAAAUACUUUUUGAUUAUGCUGCGAACUGUUGCUUGAGACAUGUAGACAGUUUUUGCCACAGAGGUUUGUAUUUCUAAAUUAUCACCUGCUACACGCUACACUUUGCAUUCCAUGCUUGGAGUACGACUUGUUGCAGGUCUCUUACUGGACAGCCCUCGUUACCCAAAUUAAUCCAUAUCCCUUUGUUUUCCAAAGUCAUCAAGAAUAAGGAAUAUCCAUGUCUUGAAAAUUCUAAAUUCCCAUCUGAACACAUCAUUAGGAUCCCAGUGUAUGAAUAUUUUGCGUCAGAAAAGGAAUGUUACAUACCCUUCCCAAAAGCGACCAGUUUUCGGCGGCAUCGUUCAACCUAGGUUAUUCCAGACAAUACCAAAAUGUAGUUCGGAUAUAUGCCGUUCCAUCACGUCUUUACAUCGGCUGUGGUUGUUAUGUCACUUACUGAUUUGCAUGUUCAAAAUAUUUUUAAUAUAAUGUACUCAGCCCAAUGUAUGAUAGAUCUUUUUUGUUAUGUUAACCUUUAUGUAAAAUGACAAUCUUUAGCGUUCGUGGCUCUCACUUAUCAGCUUCACAAAGUUUUAUUUAAACUUAAACAAUUAUAAUAAUAAUUUUUGCCAUCAAAUUUAUUAAAUUUUCUUUCCCAACAAAAACACCAAAUGGCACCACAUUAUAAUUGAUAGGUUUUAUUUCUAUCAGAAAAAUAGUUAAAGUAGAUUGUAAGAUAAGUUGAUCUGCCAGGAUUAUUAUCCAUAUUCACCCUUUUCGUCCUGAUAACGUACAACGUUAGGUCUGCUUACCAACUCCAUUGUUUUGUUUCUUACAACGAUAAACUUGAUGAACUAUAACGCUAAAACGUAGGGUUCGAUUCCGCGGAUGGCGAAGCGCAAAUAGCCUAUUGUGCAACUUUACUUUUAAGCAAAAUAGUCAUAAAGCAUACUUAUUGAGUAAAGGUUUUUGUUAUUACAACUUGAGAUAGUAUUUCAACGUUUGAAAGUAAUAUGCUGUAUCAGUAGAUCCCGCAUUUAAACUCUCGAGUUUCAUAAAAUUUGAUUUUAUUACUAAUACAGUUAGUUGGAUGGAAUCUUCUGAUUUUUUUCGUGUUUUCUUGAAUAAACAUGUACGACC